AUGGGAAUUGAUUUCUACAAUCGCUACGAGAGUGAUCUGGAAACAAUCAGGGAGAUGAAUAUGGAUGCUUUCAGAUUCUCUAUCUCCUGGUCCAGAGUAAUUCCCAGUGGGAGAAUAAAGGAAGGAGUGAACAAAGAUCGAAUUGAGUUUUACAACAAGGCAUCUCAGAAAGGCAAAAUUGGGAUAACACUCAAUGCCCGUUGGUAUGAACCUUACUCUAACAGUACGGAAGAUCACGAUGCGGCUAAAAGAUCUCUUGAUUUCAUGCUUGGUUGGUUCAUGAAUCCUAUAAUAUAUGGUGAUUAUCCAAGCAGCAUGCGGGAUUUGGUUCAAUAUAGAUUACCAACAUUCUCUCUAUUGGAUUAUGUGAUUCUAAAGGGAUCUUUUGACUUUAUUGGAUUGAAUUACUAUACUGCAUAUUAUGUAGCAAAUGCAAAUUCUUCUGACCCAGAACAUCGACGAUAUCAAACAGAUUCUAAUUCUUAUAUUACAGGGGAACGAGAUGGUAUCCCCAUUGGACCGAAGUCUGGUGCACCAUGGCAGUAUCUUUAUCCAAAAGGGAUACGAUAUCUUUUGAACCACUUCAAAGAUGCAUACAAGAAUCCAAUAAUUUACAUCACUGAGAAUGGUUACGGUGAAACCAUUGCCACAGAUGAACUAUCCAUAGAGGAAGCCCUGCUUGAUUUUCCUAGGAUACAAUUCCAUUGUAGCCAUCUUAGGAAUGUUCUAGCAUCUAUCAAUGAUUAUGGAGUUCAAGUCAGAGGUUACUUUACAUGGUCUUUCGCCGACAGCUUCGAAUUUACAGAUGGAUAUACCAUAGGGUUUGGUUUGAUGCGCACAAACCUUACAUCUAAUUUCACAAGAGAGGCGAAGCUCUCAUCAAUCUGGUUUUCUUCUUUCCUUGAGAGAGCUGAUCCACAGUUAUAUUUCAAGCGAUUAAGAAUAGCUUGA